UUUAUUGAUGUAAUUUAGUUAAAAUGACUUUGAUAACAAAAUAGGCCUCAAAUGUGUUUUCAUUAAUAUGAGCUUGUCUUUAAUAAGUUUUUAUAUGAAGUUGAGAUAAAUUCAACAAUAACUUUAGGAAUAAAUGGAGUCUAGAGGUAUAUUUCAUAAAAUUGAAAUGAACGCAAACAGUGUUGAAAGGGAGUUUAUUGAAUAAAUACAGUUUAAUUAUAAAAAACACAUCAGCUUUUAAAAAGCAAUAUUGUUUGUUAAGUGCCGUAUAAAGAAAUAAGGUGAUGAGGAAUUGAAAUAUUAGGAUUAGGAUAUUGAAAAUAACCAAAAAAAUCAUGACUAUUACAAUAACAAAGCCCUGACUUUAUAAGAAAUGAAUAGAUUUGGAGAAGCAUUAAAAUAUCAUGAUUUGGCUAUUUAGAAAAACCCUCAAAAUCACAUUUAUUAUUAUAAUAUAGCCAACACUUUAUAUAAAAUGGGCAAUUUGAAAAACUCUGAAGAAUCAAUCUAUUAUAAUAACAAAGCUAUGACUUUAGAAAAUAUGAAUAGAUUUGAAGAAGCAUUAUAUUAUUAUGAUAUAGCAAUUAAGAAAAACCCUGAAAAAUCCGAAUAUUAUAAUUAUAAAGCCAAAACUUUAAAUAAACUGAAUAGAUUAGAAGAAGCUUUGAAAUAUUAUGAUCAAGCAAUUUUGAAAGACGCGAAAGAUUCAUAGUAUUAUAAUAACAAAGCUAUAACACUAUAAAAAAUGAAUAGAUUAGAAGAAGCAUUAAUAUAUUUUUAAUUUGCUAUUGAUAAAAACCCUGAAGAAUCCAUCUAUUAUUAUAACAAAGCUGAUACAACUGCAUUACAAAGAGGAUUGCAAUUUGAGAAUAUACUUGGAAUGAAUAAUUUUUAUGGAGCAUUGAAAUAUUAUGAUUUGGCCAUUUAGAAGAACCCCGAAAAUUCAGACUAUUACUAUAGCAAAGGGGCUACUUUAUAUUAAAUGGGUUUAUAUGAAGAAGCCUUGAAAUGUUAUAAUUUAGCAAUUUAGAAAAACCCAGAUGAAUCAGUAUAUUACCAAGGCAUAGGUCUAAAUUAUAAUGAUUGCUUAGGAAAUGCUUUAUUAAAAAUGAAUAGAUUUGAAGAAGGAUUAAAAUAUUUUGAUUUAGGAAUUUAGAAAAACCCAGAAAAUUCAGAUUGUUAUUAUGGCAAAGGAAAUGCAUUAUACGAAUGA